AAACAUGGCUGUGUUCCGACGAUGGCUUUAGCUACAGAUGCUGGCCUAUGGUUCUCCAUACAGCGGCUUAGCAGAACAGAAAACUAGGGGGUUUGUGUGCCGCAGGGGUUGGUUUCAGACAUGAAUGCGUUCAUGGAGGAGUAUUCUCCGGUGGGAGGGAGGUAGGGGGGAGAGGCGGCUCGGUGCGACGCAGUCACAUUAGCUACAGUAGCAUUAGUACGCUUCGUUUUAACCCGGCGCAGUUUGUCUUAAAUGUGUAGUUACCUCCGAAGUACAUUUAACUCGAAAUGACUGGACAUGUUCGCAUGAACACGCAUGAGGAUGACAUGAGAACGUGAGGCGCGCGCUCUUUUGUCAGGCAGGUGAAGGAUACUGCCAUGGCAGAGCCAGAGAAGCUUCCAGAGACCAGCGAGGAGACACCAAAGGCCUUCUCAACUCGUAAGAUCUCUAUUAGCAGCAGUAAAUCGUCCCCGGGCACCGGCGGUGCAGAGGGUGAGCAGGACUCUGGGGCUGCAGCCGGGCGCAAGAGGAGGUGGGGAUCCAGCACAGCCGUCACCGCCAAGAAACCUUCCUUCAGCAUCACCACGGAGUCACUGAAGUCUCUGAUCCCAGACAUUCGUCCGUGCCUCGGUCAGGAGGCCAUAGUGGACCUGCACCCAGAGGAAGCCGCCCUCUCCGGUGCUGAGGAAGAAGAGAGGGAGCGCUCUGACCAGGACCUACAGAUCCGACGAACCGUCACACAGGUGGUGCACCCGGAGAGCCAGGAGAAUGGACAGAAGGAGGUGAAGAGGAGCAAACACGAGGAGGAGGAAGAGGAUGUGAAGGGAGACAAAGAGAGGACAAGAGCGCACGAGGAGAAGGACAGGAACGUGAUGGAAACCCAGUCUCCAUCACACACCAGCCGUGAAGUAGAAAUGAACACUGUGACCCCAGGCGACACCCUCAUCCGUCGCUCCAUCAGCCAGCAGAAAACGGGUGUUUCCAUCACAAUCGAUGACCCUGUUCGCACGGCCCGGCAGCCCUCACCACCCCGCGGCAAAGUCUCCAGCAUCGUUCACAUCAGCAACCUGGUGAGGCCGUUCACUCUGGGGCAGCUGAAGGAGCUGCUCAGCAGAACCGGCACCCUGGUGGAAGAGGGCUUCUGGAUUGACAAAAUCAAGUCUCACUGCUUCGUCACCUACUGCAGCUCAGAGGAGGCCGUCGCUACUCGUGCAGCUCUCCACGGGGUGAAAUGGCCUCAGAGCAACCCAAAAGUCCUUAGUGUAGACUUCUGCCAGCAGGAUGAGUUGGACUUCCAAAAAGGCUUGGCCAACCGACCCGGAGCAGAGGAGCCCGGCCGCGGCCGAGCGUCCGGCCUGCCCUCUCUCUUCCCCGAGCGAGAACAGUGGGCCGAGCGCGAGCGAGAGAUGGAGCGCCGAGAGAAGGCCAGGGCGGAGCGGGAGUGGGACCGCGACAAGGUCCGAGACUUCGGCAAACCCGGCGAGGAGAAGGAUGGAGACCCCCAGAGGUCACUCUCCAAAGAGAAACGCCGCAAAGAGAGGGCAGAGGGCAGGGAAAAGAAGUCUGAGAAGAAAGAUAAAACAGCUGAGGAUCCCCCGGCAAAGCUGCUUGAUGAUCUUUUCCGCAAAACUAAAGCAGCUCCUUGCAUAUACUGGCUUCCACUUACAGACGACAAUAUCGCUCAACGGGAAGCUGCCAGGGCAGAACGGAUGAAAGUGCGCGAGACACGGAGGAAGGAGCGGGAUGAGGAGGAGGAGUUGAAAAAAAGGGAAGAGGAGCGCAAGGAGAGGGUGAAACCUGCAGGCGGCCAAACCGCAGAGCGGAGCGAGGGUGAGAAAGAGAAGGAGAAGGAGAAGAGCAGGGACAGAGAGAGAGACCGAGGUAGGGAGAACGACAAACGGAGGGAUGGUUACCGUAGGCCAGAAGGCCGCGGGGGCCGACGCUCCCGCAGCCGCAGCGACCCUCGAGACAGGCGGCGUUAACGGCCAAUCAACUGACGGGACUAAGACCACACCCUCUUCCAUUUGCCUUUCACUACAUGUACUUUGUUACAACUAAGAUCCAAUAGAGGACCAACUGAUGUCGCCACCAUCUCUCAAAUUGUCACCUUUUUUAAACAAGCACAUCCACACCUACACGCAGUCGGGCUUAAAAGGGGACCAUGUUUUUUUUGCAGUGUUGUUUCCCAGAGUGCCGUGCGUGGCGCUUCAGUCAAGAUUCGAUAUAUUUUCUUUAUACGUUUGCCUCUCUUCUUCUUAAGUUUUUUUGUCUUGACUGUUUCGCAGUAUGACACGCUGGGUCAUUUUAAUAAUUUCCCGCCAUAUGUUCCCCAUUCGCCCCCAAAGUGUAGAUGCCAAUUAUGAUUUGCAAUCACUUGUCGUUGCCUCUGUGUUUUUAACAGCUCUGAAAUCUGGAUGAGGAAUCCUUUUGUUGCUGCAUGUAGUCCAAGGCUCUUCUUGCCAGCCCUGCCUAAAGAGAAAACUGUCCUCCCUGCAGAGGCUUGCAUAAAUCUGAAAAUAUUGGAAUAGGUGUGUUUGGCAUUUUGUACAGACAUAUAAGAUUAAUUCAAAAUCAAGUCUUUUAAAUGAGGCAGCUCUGGGGUAUCUUCGGACAGGUGUGGAAUUACUUCUAAGGCAAUGCAGUGUUCUUCUCUCCCUCUGUUUAGUUAAGAGAUGAGACAAUUCUCUGUCUGUCACGCCUGUCACAAGUUAUGAUUAUGUAUGUAUCAUCGCUUCUCUUCUUCCUCCUCUUCCUCCUCCCUGUAGCUUCAAGGGGGAGGUUCAUUAUGAGUUUUCUCAACAAUGGUUUUAAUAUUGUUUUUUUAAUCUUUAUUUUAUCAUGUUAGUAAAAAUGUUUUUGUUUUGUUUUUAUUUCUUCUUUGAGUACGCCUAUCAGUGGUGAAUGUACAAAUAAUAAAAAUUGAAAUUUGAAA